GAGAUGGGUUUCAGUUCACCACUUUCUUUUCUCUUGAGGUAUCUUUUUGUUUCUUAUGAUACUCUUGGUAUCUUAUAGGAUCUUGUUUGAUUUUGUUAAUACAUGUCAUUGUCCUCUCCUUGGUCGAUUUAAGGGGGUAUCUUAUAUUAAAGUAAAAAAAAAUAAUAAUUAAAGUCAGUAAUAACCAUAGAAAAUCACAAAUAGACAUAAAAAUCACACAAUCAUCCUAACAUAAUACAAAAUGUAAUGGUCUUAUUUAGCAAAUAAGUGUUCAAUUUCAACUUAACCAUGAUCAUAUGUAAUUUAUGUUUCUUUUCAGGUCUUAAGGUAAGUAAAAAUGUAUGAACUAAUACAUUUUGUCAUUACCACCACAUUCUGUCCUUUUCAUCACAGCUCAUUAUGUGGUGGUAAUAACGUGUGGUGGGAAUGACAUUUUUACAGUAUUUGGUCAUAAAUUGCAGGGAUUCUAGUAUGCUAAAUCCAGUUGAACAGCUAGCAUAUAAUGUAUCCUAAAUACACAUAAUUAAAACAAUUUUUAAAAAUCUAACAUAAUUUGAUGACAUUAUAGCCUAUUUGGUAAUGACGUACAAUAUUAUCUUCUCAUGUCAUAUUUACCUUUAUUUUUCUAUAAUUUCCCGGCAUCAAAAUUUGAAUCUCCCUCCAUGACAUCAUCCAUGUGCUCCACUGUCACUAUUCAUAUCCAUGGUAACCAAGUACACAAACUUUAAAAAAACAUUUGUCACAGCCGUUUAAAGGAGAGGACCAAGGUGCAGCGUGGUGAGCAUACAGUUUCUUUAUUUAAAUCAAAAUGACCCCGAACAAAACAAUAAACAUUACAAAAACAAACCGUGAAGCUCAAAGGCUAUGUGCCCUAAACAAAGUCAACUUCCCACAAAGAACGGUGGGGGAAAAAAGCUACCUUUUUUCUCUGAUUGGGAACCAAGGCCUGCAAAUGGUUCCCAAUCAGAGACAACGAUAGACAGCUGUCCCUGAUUGAGAACCAUACCCGGCCAAAACAUAGAAAUAGAAAAUCAUAGAAACACAAAACAUAGAAUGCCCACCCCAACUCACGCCCUGACCAAACCAAAAUAGAGACAUAAAAAGGAUCUCUAAGGUCAGGGUGUGACAACGUUAUUAUCAUGUAAUUUGCUUGUCGUGGUGGCAAUAACACAACACGUAGAGACGACUGUAUUUUGUGUAAAAAACAAACAAACAAAUGGCUUAUGCACAUCUAAUAUUUAUAUUGUGUCCAUUUAUUUGCCUCUUUUUAAAAACAGGUGCAUUAAACAUUUUCUAAUUAUCAAGACUUUUGUAAGUGUAAUACAUAGUAGAAUGUCAAAAGUCUGGGUGUAAGACAGGACAAACCUGUGCAAAACAGUGAAAUCCAGACAUGAAAGGCUUUAGAGAAUAAAACAAACAAAAAACAUUGAAAGUUGGAAAAAAAAGUUGAAGAUUAUUUUAGUCUCUACUUAAUGAAUGUGAUUUUUUUGUUGUUUGGAAUUAACAUUUUAUUUUACAAAUCUAACCCUGAGACACAAAAAGGCCCGCAUUUGCAAAAUCACCCAUAAAUAAGCAGAAUUGUUCAUAGCCUACACAUCUGCCACCAUAUAACUUUGUUUCCAUCCCUCCUCACUACCAAGUUCUCAUAUUGUGUGUACCCUCUCAUGUUCUCUCUCAGGAAUCAGUAUGGCGCACCGCUCUCAGUGUUCCUCAGCCGGGGAUAACCCCCUGGACCCCAAAUACCUGCCUUCCCACUUCCGCGAGGAGUACCGGCUGGCCAUUGACGCACUUGUGGAGGAUGACUUGGAGGGCUAUUAUCAAUUCCUCCAGAGUGCGGAUGUGGUGGACUUCCUCUCCAGACAGGAAAUUGAGCACAUUAGGUGCACAGUGCAAAUUCCGUACCAGAGCACUCAGCCAGAGCUCCCGUAUGUAGAGUCUGAGGGAGAUGGCUCUUCAGACACAUACUGGCCUGUGCACUCUGACUUGGAUGCACCUGGUCUUGACCUUGGCUGGCCCCAACAGCAUCACUUCAUAGGCCCCACCGAGGUCACCACGCUGGUUAACCCCUCUGAGCCAGAUAUGCCCAGUAUCAAGGCGCAGGCUCGUCGACUUAUCAAGGAUGCUCAACAAGUGAUUGCUGUGGUAAUGGACACCUUUACAGAUGUGGACAUCUUCGCUGAUAUUCUGGAUGCUGCCAUGCGAAAUGUUGCCGUGUAUAUCAUUCUGGAUGAACAGAAUGCACACCACUUUACUACCAUGGCUUCCAACUGCCGGGUCAAUCUGGAGAGCAUUCAAUUCAUGCGUGUCAGAACUGUGUCAGGCAUCACCUAUCACUGUCGCUCUGGAAAGUCCUUCAAGGGUCAGAUGCUGGAUCGCUUCUUGCUGACAGACUGCAGAGCUGUCCUGAGUGGAAACUAUAGCUUCAUGUGGUCUUUUGAGAAGAUUCACCGUUGCAUGGCUCACCUCUUUCUUGGACAGCUUGUGGCUACUUUUGAUGAGGAGUUCCGGAUCCUGUUUGCACAGUCCCAACCUUUGGUACCUGAAAAUGUCCUUGUUCCAGUGCCAGACUACAGCAGUUUAUCUGACAGCCAAUACAGCACUGAUAGGACACCAUUGUUCAGAGAUCCCAGAAAGUUCCUGCCCAUCGAGAGCUCUCGUCCUAAAGAAUGGGCUAGACAUUCCUUUGAUGAUCAGAAAAGAAUGCCCCCUGGAAGGCACGAGCACAUCCACAGGUCACUAGAUCAGGGUUCACUUGAUAUGUACAGAAACAAGUACUCCUCACAGCAAUUUAGAAUAGAGCAGCAGUAUUUUAUGGAGCAAGGUCACCCUAUGAUGCAGUCGAACACAAUGGAUUUUGCUGGCUCUAAAAGGCACAGUUAUGCAGAGGGCACUUAUGCCAGACACUCCUCCCCUCAAUUCAUGCAGCACCAAGCCAUGUACAACUAUGAGGAGGGUAUGGCAACCCAGAGCAGGAAGAUACAUAGGGAACAGCAUCACCACCAGAGAACAGGGCCAGAGCCUGGUUAUGGUAGCUACGAUCAAUUCAGUGACCAAGGGUACCCUCCGAUGGAUCAGUAUUCUGAGUCUGGUUACCCACAUGGAAUAGAGAUAGAGCCACCAGACAACUAUGACCCUGUAGUGAAUUAUUUAUCAUCCUCGAAACUUGCUGUGGAGAUGGGACAUGGCUCAGACAAAUUAUCACAUCCAGGAGAGGGUCCCUUUUGUCAUUCAAACGCAAAAAGACUGAGCGUGGGCCAUCCUUAUGCCUGUCAGACCUCCCCAACGCAACCAAACCUGUCUGAACAGAAGCAGUUUUUUGUUGGGUCUGGUUCGGACCGUAAAACACAGGAUCCCAGUGCAAAGCAGGGAAUGCGAGAUUGGAGGAUCAGCUCAUACCUCAGUGCAUAUGAUGAUGGCGGAGAAGAAGACAUUUCACAGCCUUUUGGAAAUGACCCCUUUGAAGAGCCCCUUAAUCCUUCACAAGGAAUAAUAUUUGCUCCACUGGUAUCAGAUCCCAAGUUUAAUGCCAAAGAGUUACCCAAGAUUGCAGGGCUCAGGUUAAAGACCACACGCCCAGAACAUUCAAGAACACCAGAUAUUAUUGUUAGCAUGGCAACAGAUGAAGGCGACAAAUCAGAGGACAUGGAUGUAAAAGAGCCCAAAAGAGAAGAGUCAUUCCGUAGGAGGUUCAACCCUGCUAUCCAAAGGACCUCAAGGCUAAGAUCCUCACUAAUCUUCAGCUCACAACUAGAACAGCAUAUCUCUCACGAACUGAACCUUACCUCAGGCCAACAUUGCGAGGAAACUGCCAACGAGGAAGAUGACCAAUCUAGAUUAUCCUUGACCGCUCAGAUUUUGGGAAAACGAAGAUCCAUAACAAGAGAACCUUUUGAAUGGAGAUGUAAUAAACCAGCAACAGUUGAUAAUUCAACCUUAGAGUCUUUGAAAUCUGAGGACAUCACUACUGAUGCCGGUGAUAAGGAAUUGCAAAAUAAUCCUCCUGUGGGCACCGACAUGGCUUCUUCAAAGGAACAACCUAAACCUGACCAUGAAGAAGAAAGCAAAAUGGUACAAUGUGCACAUCCAUCCAAAUCUGCUCAAAUUGAGCAACCCAAAACCAUACAAACAGCACACCUGCCAUCUUCAUUGAGCAAUACAUUAUAUAUAGAUAUGAAUGAUCCAGACAGUAGGUUCAAGUUUUUUAAAGAGUUGGCUGCCAAACGAAAAGCUGCAAAGGCUUCAGAGUCUGAGAGCAGCGCUGAAAAAGCUCCUCUAAAUCCAGUGACUCCAUUUGACUUGACAACAAAGGACGAAGUCACAAGUGUAGAACCUACUCUUCCAGUGGCUCCACUAAAUCCAGCAGAUACUUCCACCAAAAAGCCAUCUACAUCAACAGAGGGACUUCUUAAACCAGAAGAUGCAUCAAACAAAAAGACAGCAACAUCAACAGAGACCCCACCUAAUCCAGCAGAUACUUCCACCAAAAAGCCAUCUACAUCAACAGAGGGACCUCUUAAACCAGAAGAUGCAUCAAACAAAAAGACAGCAAAAUCAACAGAGACCCCACCUAAUCCAGCAGAUACUUCCACCAAAAAGACAGCUACAUCAACACAGGCCUCUUCGGAAACACUGGAAACCUCACCAGUCUCACAGGAGAAUAAAACAUCCAUGGCAACACAUGGCUCAUUACAUCUUGAUGUCAAAGACAAGGCUUCUAAAAAUAAAAAACAUGAAGAACUUAAUCUUCCCAAAAGUGACUCCAAAACAUUCCUCAGGUGUAGAUUAUCUUGUGACGAUGGGCUACUUAGAGUCGCUACGGACGCUGAGAAGAUUGGGCUGAAGAACAGUCUGAACCAAAGUGUGUCUGAAGUUAACCCUAGAGAUACAAGUGCAUUUCUUGAGCACACCUCAAAAGAGCGUGGCUUUAACAUCGCCCCAAAGGAGUUUAGUUUAUAUAAACAAUCACCAAAGGAACCAAAUUCUUCAAAUCCUGCUUCAAAGGAGCUGAGCCCAUCUCUUCAACUCACCCUAACAGAAGUUAGCUCGUCGUUAUCUCCGACAUCAACGAGUUUCAGUUUAACUCAUCUCACUUCAUUUAAACAUGCAGCAAAAGAUUUGAGCUCAGCCCUUACCCCCACCCUUAAUGAGUCCAGUUCAUCUAACCCCCCGUCAAAGCAGCAAUUACUAUCCUCUAAACCAGUCACAGUAGAGUCCAACAAACCUCUGAGCCCCACCCAAUCCGCAUCAAGUGUCUCUUCUCAUCCCAUUCCAUCAAAAUCCAGCACCUCCGCUCAUACCAUCCCAUUGCAAUCAAGUCCCCCCAUUAUUCCUGGUCUAGUUGAGCCAGUUGUGUCUCCCAAGCCUGACAAAACUGAUUCCAAGGAAUCUCUUAGCCCUACCCCAAUGCAAUCUUGCUCGUCCUCAAUCCCUGCCCCUGCAACAGGACUUAGCCUUCUGCCAAGCUCUACCCAAACAAAAUCCAGUUCCUUACCUACAUCCACCUUAGUUGGGUCCACUUCAUCAACACCAAUAGACUCUAACAUCUCUCCCAAUCCCUCCACAAAGGAGUCAUUGUUUACAAUUGCCACAACUGAGUUGAAGUCACCCUCUCCAAAGACCAACCCAAUAAAAUCCUACUCCUCUCCUAGUCCUGGCCAAGAUGAGUUUGUUUUAUCCCCCAAACCCUCCAAAACAGCAUCCAACUCCUCUCCAAAGCCCACCACAGCAGAGUUGAAUGACUCUCCCAACUCCUCACUUCCAUCGCCAAAGCAUGUCACGGAACAAACCAACAAAUCUCCCAUCCUAACACCAACACAGUCUAGUUCUUCUUCCAAUCAAACAACAAGAGAACCCAACCCUUAUCCUAACAACACCCCAACGGAACCAGGUGCAUCUCCUGACCCCACCCCAACAGAUUCAAGUGCAUCUUCUAACCCUACCCAAACAAAAUCACAUUCCUCCCCUAUGUCUGCGUCAGGUGGAUCAGUUUUGUGCCCCAUGUCUGGCCAAACAAAAUCUAUCACUUGUCCAAACCACACCCCAACCGAAUAUUGCUCCUCUCCUAAUCAUACCCCAACUGAGUCUACCUCACCAUUCAAUCCUGUCCUUAUAGAAUCCAACCCAUCAAGUAACUCAAACCCAACUCAUUCCACUGCCUCUCAUGACACUGUCCCAGCUCCAUCCGUCAUUGUGGAUAACAGUAAGAAGGGCAAACUAAGUAACCUUAUCAAGGAGCAAAAAGCUGGAAGUUCUCCUGCCGCUAAAGGUGACAAGAAAGCAGUUGACGCUGAGACAAUGAGCAAAACUGCUCCUGGAGAAUCUGCCUCCCAUGGACCUCAGAGUCCUAAUGAAACCAAAGAGAAUGAUAGCACUUUGAAACCAGAGAGCCCUACAGAUCAAACUAAUCCCAUAUCACCCCCAGUGAAGCAAGCUAAAGUAAGCCAGUCCCACUACCAUUCAUCUACUGCCAAUGUACUCUCAAGCAGCAACCUAAGAGAUGACACAAAGCUCCUUUUAGGGCAGAUUUCUGCUAACAGCCAGAGCCGGACAGAACUUACUACAGAAUCUGCUGUCACUGAUGAUGCCAAACAGGAUGAGGCUGACCGGGGUGUUAGUGGUAAGGAGGAAGCAUCAGCCCAAGGACAGAGCAGAGGCCCGACUAGAACUUCUCAGGAGCGGGAGAAGCUACUUCAGAGAAUCGAGAGCAUGCGGAAGGAGAGGAAAGUAUACAGCCGCUUUGAGGUAAAGUACCAUACUGUAUCAAUAGGCCAGUAGCAAUUUACAAAAUACAAUUUUAAGGUACCUAUUGUACCCAAGUUUCCCACGGUAUUGUGUUUUCACUCACACCUGCUUUCCUUCAUGUGAGCUCAUGUUUUCUGUUUAUUAUUCUGUAUUUUGAUAGAUGGCGCCUUAACCAGGGAUCGGAAGGAUGAGUGAGUAUGGGGAAAGACCAUAGCUAAUUCCCCUCUAAAACUUGUCCUUUAACUAUCUCCAUUCCCCAAAAGUCUAAAACCACAGGUCGGAGAGGCACAGCUAGCUAACCAACAGAGAGCUAUUAUUCUCAGGUUUCUAUAUUAGAGUGUUCCUCCGAAUGGACUAUCUGCAUGUAAAUUAUUAAGGUUUAUGGGAACAUGAACAGAAACUUGACAAAGUUGACUAAGUUUACCAACAUGGACUACUGUAUAAGUAAACAGAGACUCUACAGUGUGGACAAUGGACUACUGCUAUCUACAAGGUGGGACUGAAACAUGAAAUCUCAUCAGAUAAAUACACAACUAAAUGUGCAAUAUAUGAAAAGUAUUGUGUUCAUAGACACACCGGACACAUUGUGUCAUUGUUGACUGUAUUGGUCAAGUGCAAUGUAAUAUCUGUUACUCUCAUGGUUGUUUAAUUAUUAUCUGUUUGAGGAUCUGUUAUAUAUACUAACAGACAUUUCAAAAUACUAAAAUUAGAAUCACCAUUAAUCAUUAUAGAAAAUGUAAUCAUCAUAAACAGUGCAAGUAUAGCUUUCAAUUAGUUAAUGGACCACUUUCUUCAUUUCAGUAGGUUAGUAGGUGUAACAAAUCAGGAUGACAAUGUGCUAGCUAAACCAAAUGCAGGUAACUGCCAAAAUAAUGUAAACAAAUAUGUAAAUGAGGGAUACAAAUUAUAUUGAAGGCAUGUGCUUCCAUACAGGUGUGGUUCCUGAAUUAUUAAGCAAUUAACAUCAUGCUUUGGGGUCAUGCAUAAAAAUGCUGGGGCGGCCAUUAUUUUGGAUACUAUUGUUAUACCUCCAUAGGAUGACAAUGCCCCCAUCCGCAGGGCACAAUUGGUUACUGAAUGGUUUGAUGAGCAUGAAAACGAUGUAAACCAUAUGCCAUGUUUGUCUCAGUCACCAGAUCUCAACCCAAUUGAACAGUUCUGGGAGAUUCUGGAGUGGCGCCUGAGACAGCGUUUUACACCACCAUCAACAAAACACAAAUUAUGGAAUUUAUCGUGGAAGAAUGGUGUUGCAUCUCUCCAAUAGAGUUCCAGACACUUGCAGAAUCUAUGCCAAGGUGCAUUGAAGCUGUUCAUGGUGGCCCAACACCCUAUUAAGAAACAUUAUGUUGGUGUUAUUUUUAUUUUUGGCAGUUACCUGUGUAUGCAUGAAUAAUCAUGUGUAUUUGCACUAAAAUGUUAAUGCCAUGGGAUAUUGCUAUCGCCAGUUUGGACUUUCGAAAGUAUGUGGACACCUGCUCGUCGAAAAUCUCAUUCCAAAAUCAUGGGAAAUAGAAUGGAGUUGGUCCCCUCUUUGCUGUAAUAACAGCCUCCACUCUUCUGGGAAGGCUAUCCACUAGAUGUUGGAACAUUGCUGUGGGGACUUGCUUCUAUUCAGCCACAAGAGCAUUAGUGAGGUCAGGCACUGAUGUUGGGCGAUUAGACCUGGCUCUCAGUCGGCGUUCCACUUCAUCCCAAAGGUGUUCGAUGGGGUUGAGGUCAGGGCUCUGUGCAGGCCAGUCAAGUUCUUCCACACCAAUCUCGACAAACCAUUUCUGUAUGGAUUUCGCUUUGUGAAAGGAGGCAUUGUCAUGCUGAAACAGGAAAGGGUCUUCCCGAAACUGUUGCCACAAAGUUGGAAGCACAGAACUGUCUAGAAUGCUAUUGUAUUCUGUAGCGUUAAGAUUUCCCCUCAUUGGAACUAAGGGGCCUAGAACGAACCAUGAAAAACAGCCCCAGACCAUUAUUCCUCAUCCACCAAACUUAACAGUUGGCAUUAUGCAUUCGGCAGGUAGCGUUCUCCUGGCAUCCGACAAACCCAGAUUUGUCCGUCUGACUGCCACAUGGUGAAGCGUGACUCAUCACCCCAGAGAACGCUUUUCCACUGCUCCGGCGUCCAAUUGGCGGCGAGUUUUACACCACUCGAGCUGACGCUUGGCUUUGCACAUGGUGAUCUUAGGCUUGUGUGCGGCUGACCCAUUUCAUGAAUCUCCCAACGAACAGUUCUUAUGCUGACAUUGCUUCCAGAGGCAGUUUGGAACUCUGUAGUGAGUGAAGAUUUUUACACGCUUCACCACUUGGCGGUCCCUUUCUGUGAGCUUGUGUGGCCUACCACUUCGUGGGUGAGCCGUUGUUGCUUCUAGACGUUUCCACUUAACAAUAACAGCACUGACGGUUGACCAGGGCAGCUCUAGCAGGGAAGAAAUUUGAAGAACUGAUUUGUUGGAAAGGUGGCAUCCUAUGACGGUGACACGUUGAACGUCAUUGAGCUCUUCAGUACAGGCCAUUCCACUUCCAAUGUUUCUCUAUGGAGAUUGCAUGGCAGUGUGCUUGAUUUUAUACACCAGUCAGCAACAGCUGUGGCUGAAAUUGCCGAAUCCACUCAUUUGAAGGGGUGUCCAUAUACUUUUGGCCAUGUAGUGUAAAUAUACAGUGCAUUUGGAAGGUUUUCAGACCCCUUGACUUUUUCCACAUUUUGUUAUGUUGGAGCCUUAUUCUAAAAUGUAUAAAAUGUGUUUCUUUCCUCAUCAAUCUACACACAGUACCCUAUAAUGACAAAGUGAAAACAGGUUUUUAGACAUUUUAGUAAAUGUAUUCAAAAUAAAAACCAGAAAAACCUUA